CCGUCGUGCCGAUCGGACGAGUUCCUUUCCAAAAUCGAAAAAACCCAAGAGAACCAUGUACGCAACCGAGCAACAAACCUGCCUUGGUCCAGACCAGCAGCCCAUCUCUCGCACCUAUCAAUACAGAAAGGUGAUGAAACCAAUGCUUGAACGCAAACGCCGCGCCCGCAUCAACCGCUGCCUGGACGAGUUGAAGGAGCUCAUGGUGUCCGCCCUGCAGACCGAAGGCGAAAACGUCUCCAAGCUGGAGAAGGCGGACAUCCUCGAGCUGACCGUCCGCCACCUCCAGCGCCUCCGCCGCCAACAACGCCGGCCGUCCUCCUUUGCCGACCGUUUCCGCGCCGGCUUCAGCCACUGCGCCUCUGAAGUGUCCCGCUGCCUGUCCGAUGCAGACACCGUCGACCCGCAACUCGGACAGCGACUCCUUGCCCACCUCGGACAGCGUCUCGAGCAACUCGAGUCGACCUCUGGCCGCCCCGAGACGCCGCCCCUCAGCCCCCCGCUGACCGACACCGAGGUAGAAGCGUCGGCCACUCACGGCGUCUGGAGACCCUGGUAAUCUCAUCCGCGGCCCUCCGAGCCUAAAAGACUGUGAUACGUACCUGAAAAAAGCAAAAAAUGUUUGUUUUAAAAUAUAUGUCCAGAUUUGAAUGAGAAAUGACCGAGAUUAUAUUGUUUGUUUAAAUAUGCGUAUGUAAAUAAGAGAAAUAAUUUUGUAUGGAUUCAGUUUAUUUGAAUUUGAUAUUUGAUAUAUAAUAUGAAUUAUGCUGUUUGGUUAUAUAGUUGUGGAGGUUCCAAUAAAUCAGCAGAACU